AUGGCACCUCGAAAGCGCAAACAGGACGCCGAGCAGCAGCAGCACGAGCCCGUCGAUGCCAUUGAAGAGUAUGCAGACCGCGAGCAGGUCGCCAGAAAGGUUCAAGAUAAGCUAAAGGCGCUUGACCGUGCAGUGGAGGAGCGAUGCCAGGCGAUAGCGGAGGCCGCGCAGGAGAUAGUGGAGGCGUUUAUGCAGGACUUCCAGAUCCGCCUCAAGACUGGCAUCCCCAAACAGGCGCGUGCCGACGCAUCACGUGCGCUGGCCCCCGCCGCUUGGCGCAGCAGCAGGAGAAACGUGCGCGAAACGCUCUGGUCAGACUACGCCGCCACCCGCGCCGUGGAGCCAGCGAGCGCCGCCGAGGCGCGCAUCGACAGCAUGCUGCAAGAGGCCCAGGAGGCCUCCGCCCAGACGGUCGCCGCCGGCCGAACGGCCGCGCGAGGCCGGGGACGCCCCCGCGGCGCCGUCGCAGACCCGCAGACAGCGGCGCCGGCGACAGCACGCGGCACCCGGCGUGGCGGCGGGGCGGUGACGGCGGCGGCGGACGCGCGGCAGCCAGUGCCGAAGUUUGACGCCCCCGUGGCGGGCGAUGGCCAGGGCGAACCAGAGAGCCCCGUGGCCGCCAUCCCGGGCCCAAGCAGCGAGGCGGCGGGCGGGGGCGCAGAGAACCGCGGCGGCGGCGCCGCAGCAGAGGGGGCGGCGGCAGCGCCCCGCGGCGCGGAGGCGCAGGCGCAGGCGCGGGCGCGGGUGGACGCGAAGCUUGCGGCGCUUGAGGGCACGGCGCCGCGCGGCACAGCUGCGCGCGGGGCGAUGCCUGGGGAGAUGAUGUACUCUAAGCGGGGGUCGCUGCUGUCGGUGAUGCCAGCGGUCAACGGCCGCACCCGCGGCGCCGCCGCGCAGCAGCAGCAGUAUGGCCUCACGCCCGCCCACGCGCCAGCUCACACUUCGGCCGUCGGCUGCAUCACGCUGCUCAAGCGCGAGGCGCCCGUGGGCGCGGGCGCACGCGCGGCUGCGGGCGGCGCGCGGGGGCGCGCAGUGCGCGGGCGGCGGCGCGAGGUGGUGCAGCCCGACACUGCUGCCAUCAUGAUCACCACCGCGGACGGCCAGUCGUUCAUGGUGGACGGCAGCGCGGGCGCGCUAGGCACAAUCCCCGACAGCCACAGGGGCGAGGUGCAGCAGCAGCUCGUCAUGCUGCAGCGACUCGCCGCCACAGCGCUCGGCGCCAGCAGCUGA